AUAAAAUGGGCAUCAAUGUAUGCAAGAAUGGAUGAUGAUGGUGGUGAUGAAUGAAUGAUACAUGAUGCUGUUGGCAUCCAUUCUGUUCAUCCUCGCAAUCCGUCCAAGCAAAAGCGCUCUCUCUCUCUCUCUCCCCGACCAAAUCUUCUCCUCCCCUCUUUCCCCGUUUGUCCGAACCUUCUAAUUUCUAGGGUUUCCGUUUACGCCAUUAAACCAUCUAAAGCCCUCCAUCCAAUCCACAAAACCCUAAUAGAAAUUCCUCACUUAGCUACAACAAUCUCGCCUCAUUUUUCUCACAUUUUCCCUAAAUCCAGCUUCCCUGUCUCCGCCGCCAUCCGCCUGUCUGAAAUCGCAGAAGUUGCAGCUGCUCAACAUUCAUGGCCAAGACCAAACCUGGAAAAAAGGACCUUGACUCUUACACCAUCAAGGGCACCAACAAAAUCGUUCGACCUGGUGAUUGUGUGUUAAUGCGGCCGUCAGACACUGAUAAGCCUCCGUAUGUGGCACGCGUGGAGAAGCUCGAAGCUGACCACCGCAACAAUGUGAAGGUUCGGAUUCGAUGGUAUUAUCGGCCUGAGGAAUCGAUUGGAGGAAGGAGACAGUUCCAUGGGGCCAAGGAGCUGUUUUUAUCAGACCACUAUGAUGUGCAGAGUGCACAUACUAUCGAAGGGAAGUGUACAGUGCACUCCUUCAAGAACUACACUAAGCUUGAGAAUGUGGGAGCUGAGGAUUACUUCUGUAGGUUUGAGUACAAGGCUUCCACUGGAGGGUUCACACCAGACCGCGUGGCUGUGUAUUGUAAAUGUGAGAUGCCAUACAAUCCGGACGACCUUAUGGUGCAAUGCGAGGGAUGCAAGGACUGGUUUCAUCCCUCGUGUAUGGGUAUGACAAUUGAAGAUGCAAAAAAGUUGGAGCACUUUUUAUGUUCUGACUGCUCAUCUGAUGAUGAUGCCAAAAGAUCCUUGAACACAUUUCCAGUAUCACCAUCUGUUGAGGCUAAGGCCGAGCCAAAGCGCAGGAAGAGGUGACCUGUUGAUUCAGAUGCUUGGUGAGGAGGUAUCCAGACUUCUUUGGCAUAGCUCCUGUGUUGUGUGUUGUGGAAAUGUACAGUGCAGAGAAGAUACUGUGCUUGCACAAUCCAAAGGCUUUUUUUAGUUUUUGAAUGUUUGUAUGUGUGCUAGACUUAGGCAAUGAGUUUGUGUUCUGUGUUGCCCUUGCAAGACAUGAAAAUCAUAUUUGAGCACAGAGAAAAUGAGAACACAUCAAACCAAACAUUUAGGAGGAACUUUGGAUUUGUGGUGAUGUGUUUAUUGCUGGCAUUACUUAGUACUGCAUGCAACGGCAACUGUUUUAGUUUCUUGUGUUUUUUAAUCCCCACCCUCCCCCUGGUGUUUCACUGUCCUUUCCGUCGUUGGGCAUGAGAAAAAGUAGGGCUGCAUAUGUUGAUCACAGGCACGGUGAGUGCAGUUUCAGGAGUAACUGGAACAACCCCAUUUGGCGUAACCGGUGGGUUUUGUCUUUGUAAACGCUCAGUUGCCACUGGGUUGGUCUUACUGGCUGGUGGAGCUGGGCUCCAUUCCAUCAGAUUGCUUUUCUCCCUGCCUCGUGCUAUUUUCCCCACAGGAUCGACCAUCAGCAAAGACAUGUGAAUGUACCACGGGUUUGAGGAUCAUGUAUUGUCAUUAUCAUAACUGCGGGUUUUGUCGACCUCUAUGAUUAACUGGUGCUGUAUGUUAUUUGUGCAUGUCAGGUUUUUGAAGAAUCAUAUUUUCCGGAUU